UGUAUCGGUGCUAAUAAACCCCCCAACCCACUCGCCGCGUUCUUCAUAAUCACUCGAGAAAGGGGCCGAAAGCUUAAAAAGCAGCGCUCUCGAGAGCGACGGGAGAGAGAGGAGAGAGAGAUUGUGGCGAAGGGGAGCAGCCCCACCGACUUCCCAGGGCGAUCUCAACUCGCUAAUCCCGCGGCCACGCGAGUCCUGCUGCUGCUACUGCUGCUGCUGCUACUGCUGCUACUGCUGCUAGCCGCUGGAGCAAGAGCCGCGAAGAGGCGGAGAGCUGCUCACUCCACGCUCGACCCGCGCGAUGCCUUCCACGUGCUGCCGCUGGCUCCUCCUGCUCCUCCUCCUGUGUCGGGGCGCGAACUCCGGCCCCGUGAGUCCGGGGCAGGAGGGUCCCUUCCUUCUGCCCGGGGAACUCGGCCGCCUCCUCUCCUCCUUUGGUUACCACCACAAGUUGCGCGCCAUCCAGGGCGGCGGCGGCGGUGGCGACGACGGCGGCCAGGAGAGCGACUACGGCGAGGAGGAUGACGAGGAGGAGGAUGACGAGGAAGAGGUGAACGAGGUAGAAGACCGACAGCUGGGGCUCAGGGCGGGAGGCUCGUGGCGCUCGGCGCAGUGGAAGGGGCGGAGGACCAACGCGCACCUCCAAGGCAAGCGGGCUGGCAAGGGCGCCAAGUUCGCGCUGUCCCUGGACGUUCCCACCAACAUCCUGAGCAUCCUCAUCGACCACGCCAAGGCGAGCGAUACGCGCUCCAAGGCGGCGCACAACGCCAAGCUCAUGGCGCGCAUCGGCCGGAGGAAAUAAGCGAGACGCCGGAGAGAGAGGGGGGGGGGGCGGUGCUUCUUGGUGGAUGUGGAGGGAGGGAGCUCUCUGAGCCGGGUCCUGUUUUCUUCGUCUUAAGGUUCUUCCUAGGACACGGUUGUCAGGUCGCUGGGGGGCUGUCUUGGUUACACGCAUCAUGGGCCUGGGAUUUAAGGUCCUAGUUGCUGGGUUCCAGGUUCCAGGUCCUGGGUUGUCUUGACUACUCGGCCCUCAGUCGUGAGUCCUAAGGUUCUGGAGGCCUCCCUCCAUCCCCCCCCCCCCCCAAAAAUGUCAUCACCACUUCUUCCAUCCAUGUCCACCUUCAACCCCCUGACAUCUAAUAGUCUAAUCCCAUAUCCACUACAGGGGGCUGACGGGAAGGAAGCCAUUCACCCAUUAAUCAGAAGUCCACCUCCUCCUGUGUCCCUUGUCCAUUCAAGUACUCGGAGACACUUUUAUGAAAGUGCACCCUCCCCCCCUCUCCCCCCCCCCACCUCCCAAAAAAAUCAGGGUGGAAUAAAAACGUCGACGGAUAAAGGAUUAGUUCAUGUCCAUGCGUAUAGGGUCGAUAAAUCGAGUACCACGUUGUGGGAAGGCAACUGUGGUUGUAGAAUGGACUUACUCGGCCUUGCCAUAAGAAUGUCGAAAUUCCAUCACCGGCUUUGGGCUGUUCGGAUGCUAUGGAACCACGUUGACCGAUUUAAAUUCGUGAUCCCACUCUUUCGUUCUCUCCCGUUCGCCUCCGAAAGAAAAUAUUCACAAGCCCACGGCUAUUUAUCGGCGAAAUUACUCGGCCAGCCCAAUGCCCUCUAAGGGUUUGGCGGUGCAUCAUCAUCCCGCACGCGUUACGCCACUUGGAGGCAGCAAACGUCGACCACGUGGAACGGCGUCUUCUCGAACCCCGUGUAUCCUCGCGACAGACCACGGGACUCGCGCCCUCCGCGCGCGCCGUCGGCCUUCUCCCUUCGAGUGCAAGCGAAGGGGAACGGGCACGCGACGCACGCCGCACGCGCCUCAUAGUUGCUCAACGGCACCCCCCCCCCCCCCCCCCACGUGACGCGGAGGGCGCGUCUCGACGCACCGCGUGUGACACCCACGCGCACGAGACGCCGAUCUCCCCGUAGAGCCUUCGACAGACCGGGGGGGGGGAGGGGGGGGGGGGGCGAAGGCUGUUAGCGAGCAACUAUUAAAGCCGUCUCCCAGUACUCGAUGUCCAUACGCUGCAUCAGGUACUCAUUUAAGUCUGAGUCGACCUAAGGUUAGGCCCUGGACCGGUUCAACUAUUCGUCACCGAUGUUUGCCGUGAGCGGGAAUGGAACUCUGGAUGGCCGUGCUAGUAGCUCAGCGCGCUAACAGCGACACUACCGCUCCCCAUACAGAGUACACACACUACUGUAGAGAGAUGGGGUGGGAUGGUCAUCAGAGUCGGAGACCACACUUGUUUACAGCACGGCGCCAAGAUGAUAAUUACACAUCAUAAGAGUUUGUGUUGGGUUACAUCGCGUAAAUAUAAACGCAUCAAUAAAACCGCCACCACCCGACAGCCAAUAAAAAUGAUUAUUACAGUCUGCUAAAAAAUACCACGUGCUUUUUGUAAUCGGCACGUGAAUAGUUAACACUAUCAGGAGCUAGUCCAGUAACAGGUAACCCCCUUCAACAAUCAAAUCUGCAUUCGUGAAUGCACUCGUUGAUAAUAGUAGCAAUGAUUUUAACAUCGACAUAAAAAGUCCACGUUGCUGGCCACAUGCUCACGUUCGGCAUAGAGCGCCUUCCAACCUCUGCGUCCUUACUGUUCCGUCACCACGCAACAAAGACAAAGAUCCCCCGUGUAGCCAUAACAGACUUGUAGGGGCAAGUGCUGUUAGCGAGCACCUAUAAAGGCCGGCAAGGCACACGAUGGGGUGGGUGAACAACACCACGCCCGGCCGCCUUUGUCUCCCUAGUGGCGAUAUUUACACACCGCACCGCUUAAGCUAUUUAAACUUUGCUUUUUUCAAAAGGCCUAUUGAGCUGUAUAGCUCUUUUUUUCAGAAGCGACCUGGCCACAAAUGAAGUGGCUUAUCACGUGCACAUUUACAGCAGCCAAAUAUUCUAAAACGCACGAUUCUAAAAGUGGAGGAACAAAACCGGAGGACCCAGAGUGGACCUAGGGGAGGCCCAUGACCGGUUCAGAAAACCAUCACCGGUGUUGGCCGUGAGCGGGAAUCGAACUCGGGUCGCCGGGUUCGUAGUGCAGCGAUUACCGUCGCUCGUGUUACGUUACUUAAAAUGUAACGAAAAAUGGAAACAAAUUUUCCCUGACAAAAUAUUCAUAAAAUUACAAACUUUACAAUUAAAGUGUAUACGGUAAUCUAUAUUAACCAUACCAUUCCUGCAGAGCAGUGAUUAUUAUUUUAACUUACGAAUUGACGGCAUGGUAUAGUUAAAUAUGGCGUCAUCAUAUUUGCAGGUCGCUUCAAUAAUCGUAACUCAGAGCCUGUCAGCAUGCGCGCGAUGAGCGUUACACAUUGCAAUGGCAAACUUUAGUUAAGUAGACUGCAGCAGCGCCUUUCAUCAAAAACAUUCGGCAACCGUGACAUUCCGCCAAUGGAGCCUUAGCCCACGAUAUCGCUCAGCAACUUCGCGUUAAGAUUCUCCCAGAUGCAUCCUAUCGUUCAAGUAGCUUAUGCGGCUUAAUUCGCUCUCUUCCCCGGCUUCUUGCGGUCCCUCCGAUGUCGCAAGUCGAGUCUCUCGUUUUCUCAUCGCACGUUUCAGAAUUCUAACUUCGCCUUUCUCCCAAUUGUUAUUCAUGUUCUUGUGUUUGCACCACGCUGCUGAUAUCCACCAUACAUCAUCGUUGGUAUUCAUCUCGUCCGUCCGUGACAUUUUGGGCAUCAUUAGAACAAACACAGUUCUACUGCUCGUCGUUUGCUCUGUCGGGUCUUUGUGUUACUCUGCUCAAGCUUUCACAUCCCACGUCGCAGAAGAGACCACGUGCGGUAACACCGCAGUUGCAAGACUUCUAAAGUCGUCUUCAUUCUAUAUUUCAUUCCUUCCAGAAAAAAAAACAGCAAAGCACAACAACGUUCAACAGCAUCGCGAAUACGAUUGCAAAGUUGUGGGCGAUACGGAUAUCGCGAUGCAUCGUUAGAUCCUUGACAUUCGAUAUCGUAUCGUGGGAAAAUAUUAAUGUAAUACUAAAAUUCCUAUAGACUGGCCGAGUUUGAGAUGAUGAUCACAGAGAGACAUCCACGCGUCACGGUCUAGAGGCCGCUCUUACUGUUGAAAUAAAGGUAACCAACAUGCAGACUCACUCAUGUCCUUUGUAUGUAUGUUGAACUUCUUUCGCACCCUACGUAGCCAACCGUGAUCGUGUCCUCUUCCCAUCCCCUCCUGUCGCAAGCCUGUAUAUAUAAACAUAAUUAUUAUUAAUAUACGAGAUGUGUAUUUUUGUUCGGAAUGUAAAUGUACAUAGAAGAAAACAAAACAUUUAAGCGUAUUGUACCAUUGUGCUGUUCUGGUUAUGAUAUGAAUAUGACAAGAAUUUGCGAUGUUAAUUUAAACCAUGCCACGAUAUGACUUUGCUAAUUUAGCGAAGCAAAUAAACCGAGUGUUACGUUAAA